GGAGGCGGAGGAACCUGAGGAGGCGAGCGAGGGGAGGGGGGGCCGGAUAGAACAAGGCCCCCCACCCCCACAGCACCCCCUUGCCGUAUAGGGACUCCCACCCUCCCUACCCCACCCUCAACCCUUAGCGCUCCCCAAACCUUAAGAGAAUUUCUUGGGCUCCUGUAGGACUAUCCCGCCCACCCAACCCCCCCCCCCCUCCAGUUUCCUAAGAGGAGCUUUGUACGUCCUUUUUAGAUACCUCCUUGAACCCUCGUUCUGUCCAUUUGCUGAGGGAGGGGACCCUUAUAGCUCACCCUGUUAUAUGUAUAUGUAGAAGCUCCUAUCACCUAGGAGAAGCUGCAACAGCUUUCUUAGCCCACGUCGUCUUCCCCUCCUAGCUUGUCCCUUAGCGCCCCCCACCCCCAGCCAUUUGCGGGCACCCUUCAACCUUGUCUCUGGUAGCUUCUUUUACAAGAUUCCUCUUCUCGCUUCAUAAAGAGACCCCCCAUAGCGCUGGAGCCUCUUGGAGACUCCCCUCCCUUUCACUGGGAUGCCCCAAGCCUGUUCUUUUUAGUGAAGCCCCCCUCCCCUGUCAAGGCUUCACUUCUGUAGCUCCUUUUCCCGUAGCCCCUUUUUUCCUUUGCUCCUCUAAAAGCCAAGCAAAAGAGGAAAAGGCUGGCGAGACCACGGAUGCCCUAUGUCUCCUAUCAAAGGGGCCUUCCUCAUCCAGGGGAGCCAGUGAUAGUUCCCUCUGAGCCCCUUCUUUGAUUGGAGGAGUUGGGAAAGAGGAGGAAGUCGGGGGUAUACUCCCCACCCCUAAUAUCCUGGAGCUGGAGCCGCAAGGGGGAACAAUAUCUAGGCAGCUGCAAAGACUUACAGGAGAAGAUCGAAGGUGAGGCCCAGCCCCCUCUGCAGCCACCAUGCCAUCUAAUGCCCGGGCUGGCAGCUUGAAGGACCCUGAGGUGGCCGAACUGUUCUUCAAGGAUGACCCUGAGAAACUUUUUGUUGACCUGCGGGAGAUUGGACAUGGCAGUUUUGGAGCCGUCUACUUUGCUCGAGACAUACGCAACAAUGAAGUGGUUGCCAUCAAGAAGAUGUCCUACAGUGGGAAACAGUCAAACGAGAAAUGGCAGGAUAUUAUCAAAGAAGUGAAGUUUCUGCAGAAGCUACGGCACCCAAACACCAUUGAAUACAAGGGCUGCUAUUUACGGGAACACACAGCAUGGCUGGUGAUGGAAUAUUGCCUAGGUUCAGCCUCAGACUUGCUGGAAGUGCACAAGAAGCCACUGCAGGAGGUAGAGAUCGCCGCCAUCACGCACGGUGCUCUGCAAGGGCUGGCAUACCUGCAUUCUCACAACAUGAUCCACAGAGAUGUGAAAGCUGGGAACAUACUGCUGACUGAGCCAGGACAAGUGAAGCUGGGGGACUUUGGCUCGGCCUCCAUCAUAGCUCCUGCUAACUCCUUUGUUGGCACCCCAUAUUGGAUGGCUCCCGAGGUGAUCCUAGCCAUGGAUGAGGGGCAAUAUGACGGCAAGGUGGAUGUCUGGUCACUAGGCAUCACAUGCAUUGAACUUGCGGAGCGGAAACCACCCCUCUUUAACAUGAAUGCUAUGAGUGCCUUAUACCACAUCGCCCAGAAUGACUCUCCAUUGCUCCAGUCCAGCCACUGGUCUGAAUAUUUCCGGAACUUCGUGGAUUCGUGCCUGCAGAAGAUUCCCCAGGACCGCCCAACCUCUGAUGUGCUUCUUAAGCAUCGCUUCCUCUUGCGGGAACGGCCCCAGACGGUUAUCAUGGACCUCAUCCAGCGAACCAAGGAUGCCGUGAGGGAGCUGGACAACCUGCAGUACCGCAAGAUGAAGAAAAUCCUUUUCCAGGAGGCACAGAAUGGCCCAAAUGCUGAGGCACCAGAAGAGGAGGAGGAAGUGGAGCAAUUCCUCCACCGGACAGGCACCAUCAACAGCAUGGAGAGCAGCCAUUCAGUGCCCAGUAUGUCUAUCAGUGCCAGCAGCCAGAGUAGCAGUGUCAACAGCCUGGCAGAUGCUUCCGAUGAUGACGACGGAGCGGAGAUCGCCAUGAUGCAAGAAGGCGAGCACACAGUCACCUCCAACAGCUCUGUUAUCCAUCGUCUCCCGGGUCACGACAACCUAUAUGAUGACCCAUACCAGCCUGAGAUGGAGCCCCAGAGUUCAUCAUCAGCUGCCCGACGCCGUGCCUACUGCCGCAAUAGAGACCACUUUGCCACCAUUCGUACAGCUUCCCUGGUGACUCGCCAGAUUCAGGAGCAUGAGCAGGAUUCAGCACUGCGCGAUCAGAUGAGUGGCUACAAGCGGAUGCGUCGUCAGCAUCAAAAGCAGCUGCUGGCACUGGAGAAUAAGCUCCGGGCAGAACUGGAUGAGCACCAGCUGCGCCUCGACAAGGAGCUCGAGGCCCACCGUAACAACUUCUCUGCUGAAGCUGAGAAACUGGCCAAGAAGCAUCAGGCUAUUUUUGAGAAGGAGGCAAAGGCAGCCCUGGCUGAGGAAAAGAAAUUCCAGCAGCAUAUCUUGGGCCAGCAGAAGAAGGAGUUGGGCAACUUGCUGGAAUCACAGAAGCGCCAGUAUAAGCUACGCAAGGAGCAGCUCAAAGAGGAGCUGCAGGAGAACCAGAGCACCCCCAAGCGAGAGAAGCAGGAGUGGCUGCUGAGGCAGAAAGAGAACAUGCAGCAUUACCAGGCUGAGGAAGAAGCCAACCUUCUGCGCCGCCAGAGGCAGUACUUUGAGCUGCAGUGCCGCCAGUACAAGCGCAAGAUGCUGCUUGCCCGCCACAACCUGGACCAAGACCUGCUGCGAGAGGAGCUGAACAAAAAACAGACACAGAAGGACCUGGAAUGUGCUAUGCUACUGCGCCAGCACGAGUCCACCCAGGAGUUGGAAUUCCGUCACCUGCACACUGUCCAGCGCACCCGCACUGAACUCACCCGCCUGCAGCACCAAACCGAGCUCUCUAAUCAGCUGGAGUACAACAAGCGCCGUGAGCAGGAGCUACGCCAGAAACAUGCCAUGGAGGUCCGUCAGCAGCCCAAGAGCCUCAAAGUAGGUGCUACCUACACACCGCCUUGCUGCCAGUGGUGCCCCGAAGGGCAGGAUGUGGGGGUUCUGGAGCCAGGACAGGGGCACCCAGGGGUCAUAGAAACGGACAGAUGUGAGGCUGGAGAUUUAGAGCAACAAUUGGGUGGGCCAAGUCCAGAUGGUUAUGAAAAUGGGGGUCAAAAAGUGCUGGUUGAUGCAGGAUCUGAAUGUACACACAUUGAGCAUCUAGACCCAAGAGGACAUGAAUCCUCUGUUCUGGAGACAGGUAGUCCAUGUUAUGAUGCUCUGGGUCAAUGCAAACAUGGUAGACAGGCUCUGGAGCUAACUCAGGGCGGUGAUGGUGGUGAUGUAGUUGUAGACUCCAGGAUAACACGUCCAGAUCUCUUAAGGAAGUGUACCUUUGAAUCCGGGAUCCCAGAACCAAAGCAAGACUCUCCCAGGCAUGUGGCUCAAGAGUAUGGACUUGAUGAGGAUGACCUAGAGUUGAAAGCAGAGUGUAUUGAACCAGACUGGUUGCCAGAGAGGGGUCUAGAUCUAGAUGAGAACAUGGAGAUUCUAGUGUCUGAAUCAAGGUGUUACAGAGAUGCAGAGCCAGAUUGGGAAUGCCUGGCAGAUGCCAUUCCAGAUAGGCAGGAGGCUGCAGUUGUGGAACUGAGGCAAAGGUGUGGGCUUGAUGGGAUGGACAGUGAAGCUCUAGAUCUUAGCAGAAAAGAAGGCCCGAUUCUAGGUUUCAGUGGAGGAAGAUUGAAGCCACUGGGGCUGUAUGAAGAGGGAGCUGUGGAUCUAGAACUGAACCCAGAAUUUCAUGUGGUGCCAGAUCAAUAUGGAGAGGGUUCGGACUUUCUGUCAACAGCCCGGGGACGCCCAGGUGCUCCAGAGCCUGAUGGGCAAGAGGCUGAUCAGCUAGUAGAUCUGUUCAGAUGUGAAGAUCUCUUAUACCCUCAUCCCUUAUCUCCCAUCAUGGAAGAGGGGGCACUGCGAGGCCCUGGUGAUGGCUGCCCAGCCCCUGAAGAUUCCAGCAGUCAGUGUCCCAGCAAAGCCCGCCCUGUCCCCCCUCCAGUGGCAGCUGUUUUGCCUCAUGUCCUCUGUGUAGCCUUGGCAUUGUUGGUCUCUGCCUAUCCUUGUGCUCCAACACUUCUCCUGCUGCUAGCUGCUUUGUGGGCCCAGGGGGGAGGCUUUCAGGAUAUUCUCCUGGCCCUCGAAGGAGCACUGGUCGGUCUGGGAGUCACCUACACUCUCCUGCACUCUAUCUUCCUCCUCUCUGGAGCCUCCUUUCUACUUCUGGCCAAAAUGGCAGGGGCAGUAGGUGUAGUGGGGCUGAGUGCCAAUAGGGGGCGUCUCUAUGUCCCUGUCAUCCUCCUGGCUUCCUAUCUUUUAGCCUCUCCUUGGCUUUUCCUACCCCUCUAUCUAUCGGGGGCACUAGCAAGACACAGCCUGAGAGGACUUCCCCGCCGCGCCCGGCGCUUUUGGCUGCUAGCCCUCUUGCGUCUCCCACGUCCUGCUUUCCGCAUCCUUCAGCACUUGGGUCUGGUUAGUGAAAAGGGCCUGUUCCGCCUCUUCCCCAAAACCAAUAAAGGUGGCUUCCGUAGCCGCAUCCCAGUGCUGUCCCGCCAGCGCCUGCCUCCACUUCCUUGGCACCACAAGGCCAUAGCUCUCUUUGCCAAACCAGUGUGUAGCCUCAACAAGUUUCUGGCAGAGGUGAUCUGUGCGCAGUUGCCUCCACCCGCCCUGCGCUGUCUCAAGGGGCUGCAUGUCCUGCGUGAGGAGACACCUAGCCGCAUCCCCCGCUUGGUGGUGCACGCAGCCAAGCUAAGAGUGCACUCCAUGGGGUCAGCCAGGCAGGGGAAUAGAAGAAGUCGUGGGCAGGCAGCCCAGCCGGUCCGGAAACCCUGGAGGUAAGCAUCAGAAGGGGCAGCUGUGCUGUGACUUGACAAGCCGAAUUCUGAAACUGUGAAAAUAGGCUGUAGAACCCUUCAGACAGUUCCAGUGGUGUCCUGGCCCUUCAUGUGUGACACACACAGAGUGUGUUUGGGGAGAUUGAGCAGAACCGACCAGUGUUUUUUUUCUGAAAGUUACUACUUUUCAUUAAGAUGAAGUAUUGGGGGGAAGUUGGCAGUGGUGGGGCAGAAAGAGACAUGACAGAGGGAAGGUAAAUUGAGGUCUUAACGCCAAGGAUCCCUGGGCGGCCUCCGCCCAGGCCAGGGACUACUUGAGAAAAGGCUUUUUGUUGUUGUUGUUUGGGGUGGGGGAACAUACAGGAGUGUGUGCCGGCUCCUUGUUUGUUUACAGGUUGGGGGUGGGGUGAGGCGUUGUUGCGUGUUCAUUAUCCUAACGAGGAAAGAAUCACCUGACGCCCUUUUGAGCUGCUGGUGUGGAUAGGACGGCUGUAUCUCCACCCACUUAAUGGUUCUGCUGGGGGAGGACGGGAGAAUUUGGGAUAUGUGAUUGGUGCCAAAAGGAGUCAGGCCUCUACCGUUAUCCGUAGAGUUGAAGCAGACUGGCCUCAGUCCACGCACCCUUGAGUAUCAUGGGGACUGGGGUGGGGGGCAGGAUUGCUCAGUGCUCUGCUCUUGCAAUAAUGCCCUUUAAAAUUUUCAGGUGCCACUGGUUCCACCUUAAACCAUACAUUGAAUGGGUUAUCUGUCUUCAAUUCCAGCCAACUUAGGAAACCCUCCCAAAGAUGAAGAAGCUGUUAGGGCUUAAUGUACAGAUAUUGUUGGGGUGCCCAUUCCUUGCCAUCUGUCUUCAAAAGAUCAGUAUCUGAAUCCCACUUGAAUCUACCCCCGCACACGCGCACACACACACACACACCAGUUCCACAUAAUAAUGACCCGUGUUUCUGUUGGUCUGGAAAGUAUAUGACAAAGGGGUGUUUGUGCUUUGAGAACUCAGACUCUUCCCAGCUCCUAAGGGGUUAACCAGUCCUAGGUGAUUCUUUCGCCGUUCCCAUAUAUAUAUAUAUAUAUUUCACCAUUUUAUAAAUAUAUAUAUUUAUCAUUUCCACCCUAUUUGUAAUAUCCCUAUCACUUUGGGUUUUUUUGUUUUGCCUUGAAUGUAUAUAUUUCAAGCUGACUUUGUUUGUGUGUAUGUUUGUGACUUUUUUUUGUAAAUUUUAUAUUAAAAAGUUUUGUGGGGAAGAGGGAAGGGAAGCUAAUGUGAGAUAUAUAUUUUUAUAAUUUGACUGAAAAUGGGAGAAAUCCACUAAAUAUACAAAUGUUCACUUUAAAGCAUGAUAGGCAAACCAGUAUUUUCUUUAUGUGGCUGAAAAUGGUCAAAUACCAUAUGCUGAGAGUUCAGAAAAAUUGCUGAUUUUUUUAGGUAGUUGCCCCCUGGUCUAGGAAGAUUAAUGUCAGAAAAUAUGUAAGAUAAUCUUACAUCGGUUUAAUGUCUUAAGCACACAUAGAUAUGUGUGAGUCCAUCUUAAAAAAAACAGAAGAGACUGCCUAUGUACCUGAAAUUCCAAUACUUUGCAUGUCUGGAAGCUAUUCACGAGCCAGAAUUUGAAAGUAUUGAAAUCGCAGGUAAGUGAAAAGUGUUUUGAUAACUGAACAUUCAGAUUCCCUUCAUUUUUUACAGCUUGGUAACACUCAAAGAUAGCAAGGGCCUAGAGAACCUGAGCUCUCUGUUUAGCCUGAGACGGCAGCCCUUGCUGCUUGGCGGCCCUUAAUCAGAUGCCCUUCCUUGUAAUGCAAGCAACAGCUGUGUUCUGUGUAAGCCCAAGGACUCGCGCGUUCCUGUGCUGAUUGUAGUCCUGCCAAUACAAGCAUUACUGUAUAUUUCUUCUUUCUAAUCAAGCGUCAGAACACUAGAGGAUAGCAUAACUACUUUUAUCAAUGGACUUCCUUUUAUUUUUAUUUUUUAGAACAUUAGCCUUUUAUUUCAUAUCUUAUUUAUAACUAAUGCACUAACAAAUUGGCAAAAAAAUUGCUAAUUUAUUUUUUUACCUGAAUUGGGAGGCUUAAUCUUGAAGAGCAUUUCUCAACACAGUUACCUGCGAGAAUAUAAUCUUGCUUAUUUCAAGUAAGUGAGCUGAGAGUGACAGGCAUAGCUAGGAUUUUUAGCUUCCCUUCUUACUAAUUCUUUGUCAUAUAAAUGCCUUGGAAGAUCCUGAUCUUUAUAGUCCAAAUCACUUUGGAACUAUUUUCUACAUUUCUGGUUGGAAAUUUAUUUUUGUUUUCUAUUUGUAUUUCUGUUCAUUUUCACAGCAUUUAUUAGUCCAGCAGUGUUACCACGUCUUCUUCUUUUUUUACCAUUCUGAGAUUACUCUUUAAUUUUAGUUUAAAUUCCACUUCAUUCAUCCAUUAUGUUUACUGUGUUUCUAGAUUUUGGACCCAUUUGUGCAUUUGGCACAUCAUUGUAUUUCUCCCUUUUUUGGUUCACCUGUGAUCUUUUAUUUAUUCCAGUUUUGUUAAUCCAUGGACUUUUUUUUUAGCAUUCCUCUGACUUUUUGGCCACAUUUGUUUUCAGUACUGAUUCUGUUUUGUCCAUUUAAUAGUGUACUUGUAUUUCUUCCCUCUCCCCCCUUUUGCCUACCCUCCUUGCAUUUUUUUAAAAAAAUUCUAUUAUUUUUAAUUUAUUUCUCCCAUUUUGAGGGGGCAGGUGUUUUAUCUGUGGUUUAUUUAUUUCUCCAUUCCCUGUUCGUGGAUGCAUGUGAAAUUUUGAAGAGAAAAAAAAUAAAAGAAAAAAAUUCUG